AUGCACAAAUUCUUCAAGAAUACUUGGCUUGACUUUGAAGUCAUCCGGAUCCUCGGGACCGCCUCAAAUGGGGGAGCUGAGCUCUGCGAAGUCCUCGAAGCCGUUGGUGAUAUACAGGAAGGAGACGCCGAAUCGUGGCACAAGGCAUGGAAAGCCCAGGCAGAAAGAGCGCAGGAUACUGCAGAGCGCUGUAUGGUCGCCGGACAACGGGACGCCGCAAAACGAGCCUAUUUGCGAGCAAGUCAAUACACGAGGGCGAGCGGAUACAUGUUUGUCGGAGAAAUCCCGUCCAAGCAAGACCCGAGAGUUUUACCUAUUGCAGAAAAGGUCGAAGGUCUAUUCAAGAAGGGCAUCACUUUAUUAGAAGGCCAGGUUGAAUUCUUGGAUAUCCCUUACCCUGGGGGGGUGGACCUGAAGGGAUAUUUAUAUCUACCACCGCCUUCGAAACGUCUUCAAGGAAAGACUCCAAUUUUGAUCAAUUGUGGAGGCGCAGACUCCAUUCAGGAAGAACUCUAUUUCUUGAAUCCAUCCGCAGCGCCUGAUCUGGGAUAUGCGUGUUUGACGUUCGAUGGUCCGGGGCAGGGAAUGGCGCUGAGAAAACAUGGACUCAAGCUUAGACCAGACUGGGAAUAUGUUACUCGUCACGUCCUCGAUUACCUGUCUUCAUUCGCGAGUAGCCAUCCGAAGCUUGAGUUGGAUCUCGACAGGAUAGCCGUUUCAGGGUCGGCACUUGGAGGCUACUUUGCUCUCCGUGUGGCUUCAGAUCCCAGAGUGAAAGCGUGUGUUGCGAUGGAUCCAUUGUAUGAUAUGUGGGAUUUUGGGACGCAGCACGUAUCACCCACAUUCAUAAAUGCAUGGAUGUCUGGAUGGAUCUCCAAUACAAUGGUCAAUCGGAUCAUCAAUAUCGGGAUGUAUUUUGACUUCCAGCUGAAGUGGGAAGUUUCGGUCUCGGGUGCAUUCUGGCAGUUGGACAACCCUAGUGAUAUUUUGCUAGAGAUGAAGAAAUUCACACUCAGAGGGCCUACUGGAAAGUCGUUUCUGGACAAGGUUACAUGUCCCAUCUUGAUUUCGGGAGCAGGGCAAAGUCUGUAUUUGGAUGUCGCCAGCCACACAAUGAAGGUCUGGAAGGGACUCAACCAUAUCAGGGAUCUAGAUAAGGAUAUCUGGAUAGGGAAUAAGCCGGCCGAUGGCGCGUUGCAGGCGAAGAUUGGGGCGUUCGGUUUGAGUAAUGAGUAUACGUUUCGGUUCUUAGACAAGAAAUUUGAAAUUGUACGGCCAAAGCUUAGAUAG